UAGAAGUGGUCGGUCGCUGCAGUGGAUUUUGGAAGAGUUUGAGGAAUUUGUGUUCAAAAAAAAAAGUUUUUUGUUAUUUUUUUCUUCUGCGAAAAUGAGGGAGAUUGUGCAUUUGCAAGCCGGCCAGUGUGGAAACCAGAUCGGUGCUAAGUUCUGGGAGGUGAUCAGCGAUGAGCACGGAAUUGAUCCCACUGGCACGUACCAUGGAGACAGUGACCUGCAGCUGGAGAGGAUCAAUGUCUAUUACAACGAAGCUACAGGCGGUAAAUAUGUCCCAAGAGCUGUUCUUGUGGACCUGGAGCCAGGCACCAUGGACUCUGUGCGAUCCGGCCCGUUUGGUCAGGUCUUCCGGCCGGACAACUUUGUCUUUGGUCAGAGUGGAGCUGGCAAUAACUGGGCAAAAGGCCACUACACGGAGGGUGCCGAGCUGGUGGACUCCGUGUUGGACGUGGUGAGGAAGGAGGCAGAGAGCUGUGACUGCUUGCAGGGUUUCCAGCUCACGCACUCCUUGGGUGGAGGCACUGGCUCCGGCAUGGGCACACUGCUCAUCAGCAAGAUCCGUGAAGAGUAUCCCGACCGCAUCAUGAACACAUUCAGUGUGGUGCCUUCUCCCAAAGUGUCAGACACGGUUGUUGAACCCUACAACGCCACGCUGUCUGUGCAUCAGCUGGUGGAGAACACAGAUGAGACGUACUGCAUUGACAACGAGGCCCUGUAUGACAUCUGCUUCCGCACACUUAAACUGACCACACCCACCUAUGGUGACCUUAACCACCUAGUGUCAGCUACGAUGAGCGGGGUCACCACCUGCCUUCGAUUUCCUGGCCAACUGAACGCUGAUCUGCGCAAGCUGGCAGUCAACAUGGUUCCCUUCCCUCGUCUACAUUUCUUCAUGCCUGGGUUUGCACCCCUCACCAGUAGGGGGAGCCAGCAGUACCGUGCCCUUACAGUACCGGAGCUUACUCAGCAGAUGUUUGAUGCCAAGAACAUGAUGGCAGCCUGUGACCCACGACACGGUCGCUACUUGACUGUGGCUGCCGUCUUCCGCGGCCGCAUGUCCAUGAAGGAGGUGGAUGAGCAAAUGCUGAAUGUGCAGAACAAGAACAGCAGCUACUUCGUGGAGUGGAUUCCCAACAACGUCAAGACAGCUGUUUGCGACAUUCCUCCUCGUGGCCUUAAGAUGGCCGCCACCUUCAUCGGCAACAGCACGGCCAUCCAAGAGCUGUUCAAGCGCAUCUCCGAGCAGUUCACCGCCAUGUUCCGCCGCAAGGCCUUCCUCCACUGGUACACGGGCGAAGGCAUGGAUGAGAUGGAGUUCACUGAGGCCGAGAGCAACAUGAACGACCUGGUGUCUGAGUACCAGCAGUACCAGGAUGCUACGGCCGAGGAAGAGGGAGAGUUUGAGGAAGAGGCUGAAGAGGAGAUGGCUUAGAAGGCUGUUCCUCUUGAAUGACUUACCUUAUAAAUGAAUUUCCAGCCUAUCUACACUUUGUCACUGUCUUUUUUAUCAGAAUGUCUAAUAGGUUAACAGCAACCUGUCAUUCUUGACUCUACAAAAUCUUGUAAAUGUAGGCACUCAGAAUCAUGUUAUAAUCAAUCAUGUAUUCCUGCUGCUGUACUGUUAUGCUGAUAUGCACCUAUUACUUUAAAGAUUCUUAAUAAACAUUCUACCUGUGAAGAACAUUACAACAGUGGGAAAGAUGUACAGUAAGUACUGAACACUCUCAUUUUGCUCGUAAUGGAUUGUGAGAUCUUUGGCUACCACAGUGUCUUCUGCACCCAGAUUUUUACAUCUUUUCUUACAACUGUUGUGAAUUCUUUCCAACAUACACACCUGAAACACAGGAUCACUGUGCUGGUCCUUCUGUCUCCAGUCUGUCCUGGAUUUUUUGUCAACUUAUGUUCUUUGAUUGAAAUCAUAACUGAAUAAAAUGCACAAUUCUCAUGAAA